CUUGCUUGCUUGCCGCCCGCCCCCGCCCGUCUCCUCGUCGGUCGAACGAACGAAAGGAACAAGUGAGAAUGGCAUUUGUGCGUGAAAUUAUAUUCGUUUUUGUGUGAACAAGUGCAUAUUUCUCACAAUAAGAAGUUCGCGGGACGACCUUUCGCGUUAUUGUGCAGUUAUCACAACAGUGUUUCGGUAUGUGGCUCUUGAAAGCGCUAGUGUACAAAAGAUUUCGUGUGUGACUAUCGAAUCUCCCGUAGAUUCGGUUUCAUUGUGCCGUGCAAUAAUGGGUCGACUUCCCGCUAACAUCGUUGGAAUUUAAAACAUUCGGUACAAACCGGGAUGGAUGAGGGGCUGCUGAAUGACCUCCUCGAGUGCUCGGUGUGCCUGGAGCGGCUCGACACCUCCUCGCGCGUGCUGCCAUGCCAACAUACCUUCUGCCUCAAGUGCUUAAAGGUGAUAGUGGAGUCGCACAAGGAGCUGCGAUGUCCGGAGUGCAGGAUCCUAGUCGAGGCGAAGGUGGAGGAGCUCCCGCCGAACGUGCUCCUCAUGAGGAUCCUCGAGGGGAUGAAGAACUCCGCGCCCAGGAAGCCCUUGGGAAUUGGGCAGAGGACGCUAAGGAGUGGACAUUCUCAGGCGCAGCAGGGCGCGCAGCAGUCACAUAAGGAGAAACAGCUGCCGCCGUACGCGCGAGCCAUGUACGACUUUAUAUCGAAGGAACCUGGGGAUUUAUCCUUCAAGAAGGGCGAGACGAUUCUUCUGCAGAAGAAGCUAGACGCAUUCUGGUACCAGGGCGACUGCUCUGGUCGGACUGGCAUGUUCCCCAUUACCUAUGUACAGGUGAUGGUCCCCCUUCCGGUGCCGACGGCGCUAUGCAAAGCGUUGUACGACUUCAGAAUGUCCGCGCCGGACGAAGAAGGUUGCUUGGCUUUUGACAAAGGUGCAAUUAUAACGGUGCAUAGACGUGUGGACGAGAAUUGGGCAGAAGGCAGGUUGGACCAGCGGGUCGGCAUCUUUCCUAUAGCCUUCGUGGAACUCAACCAGGCGGCUAGGCAGCUAAUGAGCAGCGUCCCGCUGAGCCGGCCCGUGCCCGCGCUGCCCGAGCCGCGCGCCGCGCACGCCGAGCUGCGCCACGCACAGCACGCUCACCGCUACCAACAGAUGUCGAUGUCGACUCCGGCUGCAGGCCAGGGCAACUAUCAGAACAUAGCCACUAUGAGCCAAUCUCACCCCAACUACCACGCACACAUCGCCACCCAGCCACAAGUGCUCAUACCAUCAGUCAACCAACACGUCUCCCUAGUAACCACUACCGCCGUACCAAGAAACAUCAUGGAACCCACACAAACAAAACACUCGUUAGAUCUAAUACAUUUCACUAACAUGCACAACAAAGCCUCAGGAACGAUGGGAUUGCAAAGCGUGUCGAGAAUCGGUGAAAACUACGACAGGUUGCGAACGGCCAAAUUCGAUAGCUACACGACGUCAGUACAGAAGGUUGAAACGACAUAUCAAAACGUCAGAUCGGAACAUUUCCCGGUGUCAGUAGCGAAUUUCAACGCGAACAAUGUUAGUUCGGAUUCCAGUUCGAGUAUGAACACGCCUUCUAAUGGCGGCGGGUCAACUAACACGCCGAAUACGAGUUCUAAUACGAGUACUUGUGAGAGUAAUGAGCCUAGUUUACCUUCUUCACCUGAUAAUAACACUGAGAGGAAUCCUACGGUGGUAUCGGCUCACGUGGAAGAGGAAGCUAGUGUGGAGAACUUAGACGCCUCUUUGAACACCUCUAUGGGAGUGCUCAGUCUAAAUGAGAGUUCGACAGCAACUAAUACGUCUUUGAAUGUUAGUCUGCCGCCGGCUGAGAGUCCAAAAUUGAAUGCUUCGAAUAAUUCCACGCAAAGUCAAGAGAAUCAAGAAUCAACAGAGCAAAGGUUGGACGUACCAUCAUCAUCAAAGAACGUGAGGUCAGGCCCGGAUUCUUUACUAAACUUCGGGCUGGGCCUUCAAGCGGCAUUAUCCCCGUCGCACGGGAAGGAUGGAUACCUAGUACGGGCACACAGAGACCAUCAUCACAGGGAGAAACGGCACAGUCUGACGCCACAAUCGCACUUGCAAGGGAACCAUUCGUCUCAGAACAGGCACUCAGCGGAGAUCCUGGCCACCAGCCUGCUGGACGCGGGCCCUGAGCGCGGCGCGGAGCGGCGGCGCCGGCGCUCGCGCAGCAACGAGCGCCCGCUGCCUGCCGCCUACGUCGCGCUCUACCCGUACAAGCCGCAGAAACCAGACGAGCUCGAGCUCAAGAAAGGAGCGAUGUACACGGUGACGGAGCGGUGUCGCGACGGCUGGUACAAGGGGUGCUCGGAGCGCUCGCAGCGCUGCGGCGUGUUCCCCGGGAACUACGUGGCGCCCGCCGCCAACAGGCACAAGCAUGACAAGCAGGCGGGCGCGUGCGCGGCGCCGGCCACGAAGCCGUCGGCGCCGGCGGCGGCCAGCCGCGCGCCGCCCGCCGCCGCGCCGACCUCCGCGCCGCCCGACGCGCCACCGCGAGCCGCCAGCCCGCCGCCCGCCGCUCAACCACUAUCGUAUCCAUGGAAUUCUUCGCAAGCGCAGCCUCAACAAAGUACACCGAGAUCUGAUAAGUCAAAAGAAAAAUCAAAGUCAGAUAAGUCGUCAAUAUCAACCGGGGUAAGUCUGAUGAAGCGUCUAGCUGCGAUGAAGAAGUGCAAGUCUCCGCCGCCCGCGUACAGCAUGGACAAUCCAGUGUUUGAGGACUCCUCGCCCGGGCCUUCGCUGGGGCUCGUACAGCCGCCGCAUCCCGUGCAUGUCAGGUCGGGGUCCUGCCCGUCGCAGCUGCUGCGCGCGCUGCCGGCCUCGGAGCGCCUGCGGCACAAGGAGCGGCCCAGCCUGCUGGCCAUGCACGCCCACCACUACAGGCCGACGAACACAGACAACCCCUGGCAGACCCAGCACAGGAAGUCUCAGUCACUCGACGUCACUGCUACUAGGAAAGAGAGGCACCACUCACAACCUAUCAAAGAGAGAUUCCGCUGUAUAGUCCCGUAUCCACCUAACUCGGAGUACGAGCUAGAACUGAAGGUGGACGACAUAGUAAUCGUGUCGAAGAAGCGAGGCGACGGCUGGUACAAGGGCACGCUACAACGCACCGGCCGCACGGGGUUGUUCCCUGCCUCCUUCGUGCAAAGUUGCCCUCAGGAAUGACACAGACCAACGCCAUCUAGGUUCGGUACUCUAUUCUAGUAACAAGUAAUAGUGACCAUUCGGACAAUCGUCAUCUCCUUCAUUAUCCCGUUCACAGGGUCCUCUUACCUGAUCUGAAGAACUGACAGGUCCGGUUUUACCACCAAAUUUAAUUUUAACUCAAUUUGACAGGACUAAAACUAGCUCCAUCUUUUUCUUGUAUGUUUUUCUAGCAGCACUAAUUUAAAAACUGUCAAACUAAAGUUGUGUUAAGUUUGUGUGCGCCCGAAAGUGCACAGACAAAAACCGGAAAGACAUACAUACAUGGCUUGCAAGUUAAAUAAAACGUAUCCAUAUAGCAUAAACAUUUUUUUUGUUAAAUUUGCCCUGAGAAGGAGCAGGCAAAGGGAUAUAGCCAAUAUAGCCAUACAGCCUGGUCAAAUGAAGUAUACCAUAAACAAUAAAAUGUCCUUACAGUCUCACAAAGUGAUUUCGACAGUGUCCCCAUCGGGAAUCCAAUCCGGCCCUCCAGAUCCUGAGCCUAACGCUCUAACCACUACACCACGGAGGCUGUUAAAUAAAAAUCUAAUAUAAAUACUAGUUAUCUAACCUGUAGUCGGUCUGGUUUACCUGUGGGGUAUGCAAAAAAAAAGGUUCUAGUACUCCACUGUGCACCCAAAAGCCAAAGUUGCCAUUGUAAGUUCUUACAUAUAUACAUUUUAGUAAAAAAAAAUGUUACACAGAGACUUUUUAUAUCAAUUUACGACCGGGAAGUAAAUUCCAUUUAAACAAUUAUAAGUUAAUAACUUAACAUAAAACCACGCCUGCGUCCCCGAAGGGCUAGGCAAGGGUGUAUAGUAUAUACAUCCACUCCUCGCCAGCUAUGUUUAAGACCCAUAGAACAGGAGGCGAGCCUAUUGCCAUUAACCGGGCACAGAUACUGGAAACCCCGUGAUAUCCAUUAUCUAUGAUCAAAGCUUGUAUUCAAAACUCAAAGUCGAAUUCAGUGGUUUAGAGUCGGGAAUCGAACCCGUAGCAGUAUGAUGUGAUACGUUAAAAGUAAAUAAAUGGCGAUAAUAGUUUUAAAUUUCUAUGAGCGACGCAGGGAGAGUGCACGGUACAAGUUAAUAAGACGUAAUGUAAAUAUGGGGUUUUGAAGGAAAUUAUAGCUUAAUGAUCAAGCGAAAUGAACUCAUUAAACAUUUUUGUAGCCAUAAAAUAUUUAGGACUUUUUUACUUAUAAUUUUACAUAUUUCUCUGACAAAUCUCACUUUUCCAGAUCACAUUAUCGCCAAGAAUCCAUAUUGUUUCAUAAAUCCCAUUACAGGGUUAUUCUGGUCAUAAAAAUCAAUAGAAAACUUUAGGCAAGGUUUUCCAAUUUUAUAACAAUUUAUCUAGUGUAAAUGUCAGAUUUUAAUGUCAUUUCAGAUACAGAUAAUAAAUUGUAAUUUUUGUAGGAGUUGUAAAAUUUAUCGCGGGAAUGUAUAGUUGUAUAUUUUGAACGCAUUUAUUUUAAGAUACUGAGAUUAAUUAUAAUGUGACCAACGAUCGGUAUGGAAGGCUAUAAAUAGUAGGAUAGUAGGUUUUUGAUGGUAAUCAUUGGUUUUUAUCCGAUAAUACGAAAGUUAGUUUUGGAGUGGAUUUAGGAAUGUAACUAUGUUAUAUCACCCGUAUUAUGAGCCCGCAGACCUUUUGCAUGAGAACUAUGCAUUUAUUGUUUAUGGAAAUGCGGCUUGUCAAUCAAACGCGUCGACGUAAAUGCUCAUAACAUAACAUAGCAGCACGCCUGUUUCGCUGAUGGGGCAAAAGAGUUAAAAAUACAAAUUUAAAUAAAACCAACACCCAACGGCUAACUAACACACAUAACAACUGUAAUACACCCAUGGUAUAAGAAGACCAAGUAUGCUCAAUCCUAUAACAAGCCACCCCAAUUGCUAGCCCUUUGAUGACGUAUACAGGGUGUUAGUGACAUCGUAACGAAAACUUUGAGGGGUGAUUGAGGCCAUGAUUCUGAGAUGAUAUCAAGUGGAAUUUUCCGUCGCAAAAGUAUGGAAUUGAAAAUAAUUUAAAAAAACACAAAAAUUUUCAUGAAUUUUCCGACAGGAAAUUCCACUUAAUAUCAACUCAGAAUCAUGGUCUGAACCAUCCCCCUCAGUAUUCGUUACAGUGUCACUAACACCCAUACCUACUUGUAUGGCUACCUGUAUGUACUUGUACGGGGUGUAAGUGACAUCGUAACGAAUACUGAGGGGGCUCAUUUAGCUCAUUAUUCUGAGUUAAUAUCAAGUGGAAUUUUCGAUCGCAAAAGUGUAGAAUUGAAAAUAAUUAAAAAAAUAUUAAAAAAAAAACAUGAAUUUUGCGACGGAAAAUUCCACUUGAUUUUAACUCAGAAUCAUGGUCUGAAUUAUCCCCCUCAGUAUUCGUUACGAUGUCACUAACACUCAGUAUAUUACCACUGUGUUACCAUUAAAUUAGUAUCUCCAACAUUCCAAGGACGUAAAUUUUAUUAUUGAAAAUUAAGUGAGUUACUGACGAAUCUAUUUAAUUACUAUUACUUGUCACAUAUAUAAAAAACAUUAAAACUGUAAGUAAAUCUUUACUAAAAGUUCAAAAUUUCCUUGCAAAGUAAAUACAAAAACAAUGGUCGUGGGUAAUUUAUUUUUUUACAAUAUGGCAACGCAGGGUUGGAUGACGUCAGCUGGGUUAACCUUGAAAUGUUAGCUGACAUUUGCUAGCUGAGCAUACCUGGUUUUCUUAUACCAUGAAUACACCUAUUCACCCACUCCUCGCAGCUAUGUUAUAAUCUAUAUAAUAGGGGGCGAGCCUUGAUUUCCUUAGGCUGCUGUUAACGAAGAGCUAGUAAGCUGAGCAAAGUGCAAGGAAAAUAUAGAAUAGGUCUGCUGCACUGCUGCAUCGCGAUCCUGCAGAAAUAAAAAUACUCACUCCAUUAGUGAAUUUAGAGGACACAGCAUCAAUUGAUGGACAUGUAUAACCAUUCGCAAAAAGUCAAAUGUGAUAGGUGCUGCUAAUAGUUUCGUAUUCAUUUACACGUCGAUUCUCUACUCGUUGAGCAUAAAACAUUAAACAGUCUAUAUACGUCCCACUGCUGGGCACAGGCCUCCCCUCAAUGAAACGGAGGGGGUAUGGACCACUCCACCACACUGCUCCACAGCGGGUUGGUGGAGGUGUUUUUCAAAUCAACAUCACGCCUGUAUCCCCGAAGAGGUAGGCAGAGGUGUGUAGUAUAUAUACCCAGUCCUCGCCAGCUAUGUAAUAUAAACAUACUAUUUAUAAUUUUACGAGCUAACCCUCGAACAUACUGCCGUCACAAACAGAAGCAAUAAUACUUCCUCAUUCUUAAUAAAUUAUUGUAAAAAUUAACAUUGUGGGCCAAGUGUGAGUCCAGAAGAAAAUGCGUGUAUUUUUGUAAUAAUAGAAAUAGAAAUAUAUAUUCCCGAAUGUUAAACAUUACGAAGCAUUCACAAUUUUCAUUCUGGAUAUGCAAUGUGGAUAUAUCCUGAUAACUUUGUAACUUUUACUUCUGUCACAAAUCAGAUAAGCCAACUUUAAAUAUCCUAUAUUUUUUAACGUUUAGACAUUUCUCUGUAACUUAGGCUAAGCUGUAUUUUAUAUGAAGUUUUAGUGAUUAUUUUGAUAUCAACGUAUUAUAAUCUGUUGGAUUGUUUUAUGAUCGAUACGCUUAUUAUUUUUAACCUUUUUUUCGUUAUAGGAACACUGCCAUAUUAUUCUUUCCUUAAAUGUGAUUGAACUUUAAAUGAACCUUAAAUGUGAAAUGACUUUCUAGGGGGUGAAAAAGGUCGCAUCGAAGUUAUUCAUCUAAAAAAGCAAUAUUGCUAUUUGACAUUUGUUUGCAUUGUGCACUUACGUUUAUAUACGCAAAUAUCAAAUUGCGAUAUUGCUUUUUUAGAUGAAUUGCUUCCAUGUGGCCUUUUUAACCCGCCUGUAAUGUUAAGAUAAUAUUGGAACUUAUAUAACCUUUUAAUAAUAAGUUUAGAUAAAUUAAUUAGUAUAAAAAACUUGUUAGUUUACCACGUUCUAUUUAUGAUAGUCGUAAAUAAUUUAUAUAAAUGUAACAAAUCGAAAUUUUAACUUUUUAAAGUUUUGGACUUCUAUAGAGAAAUUUUAAAUUGAUAGUUUUGAUGAAAUUAAGACUGUAUGAUAAAAUAACCGAUUUUUUAAGAUUUAUUUCAUAGUAGCGUUUAUCUAUAUCCGGUAUUAUAGCAAUAUGUAAUCCUUUAUAGGGAAUUUGCGUUUUCACCUUAACAUUAGGUGUUAGAUAUUUUUUUCGAGUGAUAACAGGUAUCUGUAUUGUGGACUCGUCAUUUUUGUAUUAAAACCUCACACAACAAAAUGUCUUAUUGUCUUUUACGAUUAAUAAAAAUAAAGAUUCUAUACAUUGUUUUAUCAAUAUUAGUUCAGUCAAUACAAAAAUGAAUGUUUCACAAUAUUCUUGUAUAAAUAGAUAAUUGAAUCGCUCAACUAACAUUGGUUUUUAACUUUAAUAAAAAUCAAUUUAGGUGUUAUGAAUUUGUAAUGUAUCUUCUGAGUGUACUCGUGCGAUUUUGUUUCGGAAAUGUUUAAAGAAAAAUGUUUCUAUGAUUUGAUAACUACAAAAUCGUGGCAAAGAACUGAUUUGUUUUUAAUUAUUUAUUAUUAAAGGAUUAGUCAAAAUUCUUUUGAUAGGGAAUCCACACAACGAACGGACAUAUAAAUGAUAUCUAUAAGCGUUUAUGUGCUAUGAAUAAAUAUUUUUAGCAUAGAAUAUUCGGAUUUUAUUUUUCUUACGAAUUGUAAAAUUGACUUUGGUCGAAUUUGACCCGUACCUAUUGUAAGUAUUUAUUUUCACAAACGUAGCAAAUGAGUAUUAUCUUAAAGGUUUGUGUUGAUUUCAUAUAAAAUGUAACAGUUUAGUGUACAUUAAGGGAAUCAUAUCGAAAAGUUGAAUUAGGUAAUUUUGAAAAGAAAUAAACAUUUCAUCUUUA